CAUUCUUGCUUCGACGUCACAGCACGGUACAUCAGGCUAUCUUCACUGACCUGAAUUCAGGCUCGAAAUAAUGCAUUGCGUGCAACACCCUGUUAUUUUACACCGUCACUAAGUGGUUGUAUUCGUCAAUUUAAAUGGUUAAGACCGCACCGUUCAAAUUAUGGACCAUCAGGGAGCAUAAAUAAACGCAGCUUCCCCAUCACCUACGUUCAGGUUCGGCCCAUUGACGUCAGUCGAGAGUCGUCGCAGUUUUUGCACUGACUGUGGCCAGUUGAGGCCGUGCGGAUGGAGGCUUCCACUAAUCCGUGGAUCUUCGCUUCACCGAGUCGGAGCAUGACCGCCGUUAUUCGAACACCCUAUCCUACUACCUCGAUGCAAAAACAUAUAUAUAUGUAUACAUCUUGAAAUAUAUACAAUCUUUUUAAACGUGUCGGGGUCUUUUGUGUGGAGCCCAAAGUAGGAAGGGGCGCAGAGAGCAGAGUUUCACAAGUGCGACUCCCGACCGUCAAAUGGAUCUGAAGAGAGUGUUGUCCUUCCCACCAUAUCCUGGGGAUUACCUGCAUCCAGUGGUGUAUGCCUGCACAGCUGUCAUGCUGCUGUGUCUGCUGGUCUCCAUCAUGACCUAUGUAAUCCAUUACAGCGUGAUCCGCAUCAGCAGAAAUGGAUGGCACACACUCCUCAACUUUUUGUUUCACACAGGACUGACGUUCGGCGUGUUUGCCGGGGGCAUUAAUCAGAUCAACGUUCCUUUUUUGUGUCAGAUUGUUGGAAUUAUGCUCCAGUAUGCUUCUUUGUCUACCAUGCUUUGGCUGACGUUUACUGCCAGAAACAUCUGUAACGAUGUGUCCAAAGACCCUCUUAAGGCCCCAGGCUCAAACGGUCCCGUCCUGGCUGAAAGCAAAACGACGAUUCUCAGAUUCUACCUUAUAAGCAAUGGCAUACCUCUCCUAAUUGUCGGAAUCACGGCAGCCUUUGGAAUGGAAAACUAUGGUAGCAGAGAUGAUGCACUGUAUUGCUGGAUGGCAUGGGAACCGAGCCUGGGAGGAUUCUAUGCCCCCGUGAGUCUUUUGGUCUUAAUCAUGUUGGUGUACUUUUUGUGCACUUACAUCCAACUGAGACGCCAUCCCGAGAGGAAGUAUGAGCUCCGAGUUUUGACGGAGGAGCAGCAGCAGUUGUCGUCCGCGGACCAGCAGUGCCACCCCGACAUCGGGGCGGCGUCUGGAUCUGCUGGCGAGUGUGCCGGAUUUAUUCCAGGUGUAUCCGAGCUUUCCAAUGAGCACUCGUUUAAAUCGCAGCUCUGGACCACCGUUUUCACCCUGUUAUUAUUUCUCUCAACGUGGGCAUUGGGAGCCAUGGCGGUGUCUCUGGGACGUUUUUUGGACAUGAUCUUCAGCUGUCUAUACGGCGCAUUCUGCGUCACUCUCGGACUCUUUCUUCUCAUCCAGCACUGUGCCAAACGUGACGAUGUUUGGCACCGCUGGUGGGCUUGUUGCCCGGCCAAAUCCAAGCUUGCCGAGGGACACGGCAAGAGACAAAGCCAGAGGCAGGAGCUCCAUCAACCGCAGUGCCACCCGGACUCCUUAUGCUUGGCCAAAAAACCGCUUCUCUCGCCGCAACUUGUGCAAAGCUUGUACCAUCAAGAUGCAUCCUCGUUGCAAAAUCUCACCCCCCGUCACGCCGCUUCCUGCUGCGUGGCGGCGAUGACAUCCGCCGUAGCGACGCCGGUCUCCCCUUUUAGUGAGUCAGCGCCCUCACCUUCGCGUCCCCUGGCCUUUUCCGACGAGCUCCCUCGUCCUUCCGUGCCGCUGCAGAGUUGCCUUAUCGACAGAACCAAGUCCCGCUCUUUCAAUCACCCGCGCCCGUGUCUCCGCGACUACCGCUCUCACGUGGCAUCAAACAGCAUGGAUGGGAGCGUGGGUAGCUCCCAGCUCGAAAUCCCUCACACCGCACACUACCUUGAGGGAUCACCGGUGUCCAACAGCCAACACCCGGACCUGCAAAUUUCCUGCCCGAGCCCUCACUUGGAUCAGCAGCAGACAUCCUGUCAUAGUUUACAACACCAGACCUCUUGCCACAACAUACAAGACUCGCUCACGUCAAGCCACAGCCUCCUUCUACCUUCCCAUAGGAUGAGCGCUUGCCAGUGGCACUUGUACAGCUCAGCGGACCAGUUUGCGACCACGAGUUGCUCCGAAAUGCCGGAUUCCUGCGACUUGCUGUAUUCGCAAGAUUUCGAGUCACCCGGCUACAUGUUGAAGAUAGCAGAGAAGGAUAAGGAGAAACAAUGUGAAGAGGAAGAGCCCAAAUUUUUUCCGAGAAAUACUUUGCCUCGGCAACAUGUUACGAUCAAUCGGCGGGUGACGAUUGGCAGAAACCGAAGCCUGCAAGAAGAUAGUCUGUUUGCGUCGGACACGACAGGGAACAUACGGACGGGACCUUGGAAGAACGAAACCACUGUGUAGGGAUGUAGUUCGGGAGCCCUGGACACUCUGAUUGCCCUCGGCUUUAUGAAGUGAGUCCUCGACAAAAAAUAAUAAUAAUAAAAUACAUGGAAAAAUCAUACAAAAAUAAUUUUAAUUCAAAAUAUUUUCUGAAAAAAUAUGGACUUUAAAGAAACAUUAAUUCAGAGUCUUGUUUCUUCCAGUUGUAAAGAGAUCUGGAAAGAUAGGACCACUGGUUUGAAAAAAUAGGCGUAAAAGAAGCAAACUACGCCAAUACAGAAAAGUGGUCUCAAAACAGAGGAGGACAUUUGAGUCAUCAUUUAUCGUCCGAGCAUUACCACCCCCCCCAAAAAUUUUUUCGCCAUUCCUCGGGUAGAGUUGCCCUAACUGGUUUGCCACGAGGCAACAACCACAACAGCAACGCCAUAUUGUUGAUAUCAGCCACCAAAGCGUCAACAAAAAGACUUCACACCGGAAAAAUUGGAACUGAUGAAGCCUUUUGGAUGAAAGGUAAAAUGUCUUCAACAAACAAGAACAAGUCCGGCUGCCUCACUCUACGUUUGCAUUGUAUCUUGACUUUCGUGACUGACAAACUGCAAUUGGAGUUUUCCUUUAACCCUUUGAGGGACAGCGGUUACGACAGUGCACAGCUUCUCAGACUGUCAGGUUACAGGGUGCGUGAAACGGUUUAAACUGUAGAUUUUUUUUUCGAUGUUUUUUUAAGUGGUGGCAGCUGCAAUUUGUGAACUGCGUGACUAAGUUAUCACAAAUUGUCCUGAUCGUGUCUAUGGAAGAGAAAUCAAAUCACUUACCCUCAGUCCACUGUAAAUAACAAAUUUGAGAUGCUUUUUUUUUGUUUGUUUUAGUUUCCUGUGCCAUAUGACAUGAAAAAAUCUGUGUCUUCAACGUCUUGACUUUUACAGUGGGAUGACUUGAAAUAUCUUAUCGAGUCCAGAAACAUUUUGAUGUGGCACACGAUCUCUUCUGUGUUUCGUCCUUACGCAAAAAAAUAAAAGGUCUUGUCAUCCACAGUAA